AUGACCACUACAUAUUAUCUCCAAGAAGCAGCUCAUAUCCUGGGGGAUAGAAAGACUUAUAGUGUACUCAAAUACGAUCCGACUAGCCAAUUCAAUACAGAGCUCCAAGUAAUUUUGAAUGGAGCUAAAGAGAGAAACAUCAUCUCACAGAGAAAUUAUGAAUUUUUAUAUCAGAAAAACCCAACCAUCCCUAUUUUUUAUUUUCUUCCAAAAACACAUAAGCGUCUCCCUAACCCCCCUGGGCGACCCAUAAUCAGCGGCAUCAAUUCACUAACGGCUAAUUUGUCGGCUUAUGUCGAUUCUCGGUUACAAAAAUAUGCCCGAGGGGCCCCUUCAUAUGUGAAGGAUACGAAGUCUUUCCUCCAAGAAAUGGAGAACAUCGAAUGGGACCAAGAGUACAGUUGGGCCACACUUGAUGUGACCUCUCUGUACACAGUGAUUAGCCAUAGACUGGGUUUGGAGGCGGUUGAUUAUUUCAUGGAGCAGGAUGUGGAGUUACCAGAGGAUAUGAGGGACUUCAUUUUUUCUUCUGUUCAAUUUAUUUUACAUCACAAUUAUUUUUUCUUUAAUGGUGAUUACUUUUUACAAGUCACGGGGACCGCCAUGGGGACCAAGUUCGCCCCCAGUUAUGCCAAUACAUACAUGAGAAGAUGGGAAGAGUUAUUUGUGUGGUCUGGACAUGGCUGGAGGGCGAACUUGGUCCUGUGGCGGCGUUAUAUCGAUGAUGUUAUUAUUAUUUGGAAGGGAUCUUCUGUUUCGUUUCAGGAUUAUGUUAAUUUUUUGAAUGACAAUGAGUACAACCUUGUCUUUACUCCUAUCUGGAAUAAGGAUGAGAUUAAUUUCCUUGAUCUUUGUCUAUCUCAUGAUUCGAGUCAUAUAAAAAGUAAAUGUUUCUUUAAACCUACUGAUGGUAAUGGGUUUGUUCAUCGUAGGAGUGGUCACUAUGAACCCUGGCUUAGGGGGAUAGCCAAAAGCCAGUUUACCCGCCUUAGACGAAAUUGUUCUGAUAAACAGGAUUUUUUCGCCCAAUCAUUACAUGUUAAAAGGAAGCUUACAGAUAGAGGAUAUAAUGGAAAGAGAUUGGAGAGAGAAAUCCGUCGUAUUGGCGAUAUAGAAAGGAAAACUUUUUUGGAGAAUAAAUCAUAUACUUCGGGAACUGGGGAUAGUUUCCGUUCUGCAUUUACCACCCAUUAUAAUAUUGAUUAUAAUAAAAUUAAGAGAAGUCUUCAAAGUUCUUGGCCAAUUCUGCUACAAGACCCCAUUUUGGGGACACAUUUACCAGACAAUCCCUUGGUAAUCUACAAAAGGAAUAAAAAUUUGAAGGAUAUGUUGGCACCUAGUUAUGCCAUUAAACCACCAUCAGGUCCCACUUCUGCUAGCUCAGGUUCAUUUCGAGGCUGUGGCACUUGUAAAGCUUGUACCACGGUGUCUAUAAAAAAUACACAUUCAUUUUUUAGCUCCACCACGGGGGAGAGCUUUACACUUAGAGAUAGUAUAAAUUGCCACACGGACUUUGUGGUAUAUCUGCUACAAUGUCCGUGUGGCAUGCAAUACGUGGGACGGACUAAGAGGAUUUUGAAGGUUCGCCUAUUAGAACAUCUUAAUAAUAUCAGAAAGAGACUGACGACACACUCAGUCCCAACCCAUUGUAUAUCAUGUCCCCUUUUUUCAUUUAAGGAUUUUAGAUGUUGGGGAAUUGAACGAGUCCACCCCUUCUGGCGUGGGGGUAAUAGAGUUCAAAGACUAGCCCAGAGGGAGACGUUCUGGAUACAUAAAUUACAAACCCUCUCACCUAAGGGUCUCAAUAUCGAUAUUGAUUUAAUUUGUUUUCUAGAUUAA